UCACGGAUUAAUCAUUACAGAGACUUGAGCUUUUCUUCUUGCUUAUUCUUCACGGAUUGGUUUCGAUCUCUCUUCUUCUUCUUCCUCUUCACUCUCUCUCUCUCUCUCUAUUGUAAAGCAAAACGGAUCUGAAAUCUGGGGGAGCUAACAAUGGAAUUUCUGGUAACAGUUGCGGAAUUCGGCCUAUCGUUGGUGCUGAUUGUCUUCUUUGGAUUUCUCUCCGUGGUCGUAUUUGAAGCUUGGAGAAGGAGACACAGUAACGUCUCUGUGGAAACGGUGACUACACUCGAGGAUCCGAAAUCUUUAAAACCGGUUCCUUGCCCUCAUAUUAUCGACCCUGCUGAAAAGUAUUUGUCAUUAAUAGUUCCAGCAUAUAACGAAGAACAGAGACUUCCCGCAGCUCUUGAAGAAACAAUGGACUACCUUCAAGAUCGUGCAUCACGGGACAAGAGUUUUUCUUUUGAGGUAGUGAUUGUUGAUGAUGGAAGUGUUGAUGGAACAAAAAGAGUAGCUUUUGAUUUUGUUAGAAAGCACACAGUUGACAACAUAAGGGUUAUACCCCUGGGGAAGAAUCAAGGCAAAGGAGAAGCUAUAAGAAAGGGAAUGAUGCAUUCGCGGGGUCAGCUACUUCUCAUGUUGGAUGCUGAUGGAGCAACUAAAGUAACCGACCUAGAAAAACUUGAAAGUCAGAUUCUUGCAGUAGCUAGAGAAGAAUAUUCAAUCAGAAAUCCAGCAUCUAAGGAAAUGGAUUUCAGAAUAGGUGAUAUUCAAGUAUCUGCAUUUGGGUCUCGUGCUCAUCUCGAGGAGAAAGCUCUUGCUACUAGGAAAUGGUAUCGCAACUUUCUGAUGAAGGGUUUCCAUCUUGUGGUUCUAUUAGCUGCUGGUCCUGGUAUUCGGGAUACACAGUGUGGCUUCAAGAUGUUUACUAGAGCUGCUGCUAGGAGACUUUUCACAAACGUCCAUCUGAAAAGGUGGUGCUUUGAUGUUGAAUUGGUGUACUUGUGCAAGCGUUUUAAUAUUCCAAUGGUUGAGAUCUCUGUGAAAUGGUCUGAAAUUCCCGGGUCUAAAGUCAAUAUGUUGAGCAUUCCAAACAUGCUAUGGGAGCUUGCUUUAAUGUCUGUGGGAUACAGAACUGGCAUGUGGAAGAUCCAUCAAGCACGAGACACACAGACAACAUAGAUAGAGAUGGAGAAAAAACCUCAGACCACACAAGUUUACUGCAGAGAGGAUAUAGUUUUGAUGUCUCUGAUUAAGCAAAAGGAGAGCUAAGGCGAUAGAACAUAUGUUGGGUCCUUCUUUCAAUAGAUGUAAUAAAAAUCUUAACGAGAUUAGAAAUUAUAUAAUGAAACUUCUACAGCUCUAGUUUAUAUUUGGUUUAGUAAUGACUCUCAAGUUUUCCAAUGAUUAUGCUCUCUACUGUUGAGUUUUUACA